UUACCUUCCUCAUUCACCUCGGGUCCGGGACGGGUUUUUUGUUUUAGUAUGCACGCUCCCGGGGAUCACCUGCCACGAUUGUUUCGCUUCAUUUCACUACGUCCGAAUGUCGAUCAAAUCGGAGUGUUUGGAUCGUGAUCCUAAACCGCGUUCCUCCAACCCAUUUCAUAUCCGGCUGCAUCAGGAAAGAAAGGUCGUUUGUUAGUGUGUAGGGUUGUGGAAGUGGAUAAAAAAAGGAAAACAACCGAACGACGACUCCUCGAGGGAUCGAUUAUGGAGCACCUCUGCUUGUACGUGACAGUGUAUUAGCAUUUGCUUUCUCGGUGCUUCCUCGUCAUCAGCGGUGCAAAGUGCAAACAGGAACUGAUAACCGGCCCCGAUCGUUUAUCGCCCUCCAGUGCUCCCGUGUCUGCUUUCAGUCACUAUAACUUCGUUAGAGAUAUGCUGUAAGCAAACACUACUUUGUGCUGGGGAUAUCGGAGCCGAAUGAGGAAGAAUUCUCUUCAAGAGGAAGUUACAUUCCAUUCCAUGAAGAAGAUGGAAUAGUGAUCAGUUAAUACCUGCAGAAUCCUGAAACCAGGGAUCUAUCAACAUGAGUGAAGCUGAAUUGAAUCAUAACAUCCGCCCGUAGCUAGUAAACAAAGUCCAGAGAGGCCUUCAUCACCAUCAGCCAUCAUCGACCAGUGAAUUGUGUGCGUCAUUGAACUUGAAAAAAGAGGUCCAGUGACGGAUCAAUCGAAAUUAUGUGUGUACGCUUCGUUGGUUCAGCGCCUGUUUGAUCAUCAUCGGAUGUGCUUCCGACGGCCCGUGUUUCGGCGAGGCAUCCAGAGGAUGGAACUAACAAAAGGGCCGCAUUAUUAUAGUGAAGAAAACAAGUGAAGUGAAGAGGAAGCUAAAUAUAGAACGCAGCGUAAGGGAGGUGAGCCCAACAAAUCCUAGCUAAGGGAACCAACGCUUGCUUGGUAAGCAUCAUCAGCAGUAACGAUCACGGGACGGGUGAUCGCGACACACUAAAGUUCCGUUACGGUGGAAGCGUCAUUACUCGGAUCGGCAUUUUAACAGUAGGCCAUUUGGGAAACAAGUGGACCGCACUGUGGAAAAAAGAGAAAGAAAUUCAUCGCGGUCAUUGUGGUACAGUGCGGCUGGCUAUGCCCCAUCAGCAUAGGCAACUGAGCAACCCCGGACUGAUAGUGCGACCUCAUCGCGAUCAAGCAUUGAUUACCGAUCGAAGCAAGCGCAGCUUGGGAGGAGAGCAGCAAUUGAGAAGCGUGUAAGAGCCCUAAAUAUGGGUCAAGUGCAGCCGUUCCGCGUGUCAAGCGAAACGUUAAACGUCCUUUGACCGUAUGAACCGGGAGUUCUCGUUGGUGGUUCCGAAAAUGGUGAAAGUAGCACGAUCGCGUACCGAUGUAACCGAACAAGUGAGAUAAUUAGACAAACAUCCCGUGGUAAGAUACGAGCGAGUGUGUUUUUGUGAAGUGGAAUUUCAACUGCUUGACAUGAUUAGAGUGUUCGCAUUAACACCGGGAGAGAUUUUAAGCUGCAACAUCGAGUCAAGUUCCGUGCGCCAAGAGAAGUUACCGAUGGUGGAGCUUAGUAGCUCAAAGUUAUAAACCAUGAUGGCCAAAGUGACCACCGACCGUAAAGUGCAGUGCUGUGCGCGAAAGCGAUGUGUGCAAUGUGGUAAAAUCUGCUAAUCGAAUGAAAGCAAUGGUCACGUACAACAUGGACGGUUCGCAAAGAAUGAGCCGCCCUCGACGCGGUUCGAGUGUUUCCUCCGGCUUCCGGCUCAUGGAUGCCGACCACCUGGACGCAAUGUCCAGCAUUAGCCGAAACAGUAUUUAUAAGCUGAAGAUAGAUGCAAUGUUUGACGAUACGAGGUCGAUCAUAAGUCAGCGGUUAGAUGAUCGCUGCUCACAAAACGGCCGUCGCCGGUCUUCAUCGAUCAGUGGGCUGAGUCGGGGCAGUCUCGCCGGUGCCAUCAUAAACGAUCGCGACAAUCUGGACAUCAGUGCGGUGGCAAGCAGUUUGCGCGAUUUCGGUGGCACCGGCGGUGGAUCAGCGGCGCUAGGUGCUACCGUUGCCGGAGCUGCCGGUGGAGCAGCAGCAGCAGCAGCGGCAGGAGGACAGGGAUCAACAGGAGCUGGAUCAGGUGUCUCGCUGCAUGGUAGUGAUGCUCGGCGAGAGAUCAGUAACAGCGUGCAGGCUCAGAUCGAGCGUAUGUUUACGGACGUCGCAAAGGAGAACGGUAGCUCGGCCAAUGUACAAAGCUUCAGCGUCCGGUGCCUAGGAUCGCUGCCACUGAAGGAUAAGGUGACGAGCCUGGUCGGUCUCCAGGAGCCUCUGAGACAGCUGUACCUGAGCGGUGCAGGACACGGGACGCAGACCGGAGGAUCGCUCGACAUCAGCCCGAUUGGGUUGCGUAUAAGGGCGGGCAGUGGCAAGGAACCGUCCGUGACGCCGUUUCAAAACAUUGCGGUGUGGUCGGCGGUCAAGUUCGUCGUGUCGGGUGCUGAGGGUGGUGCCGCCUUUCUGCCACUCAUCACCGAUCCGGAAAACAUCGAUAAGAGCUCAUUGUUUCGUCCGCUAAGUGCGGCCGAUAAGCGUCGGCUUUCGUCCGGCAUACAUUCGCCACUGUUUGCGAUCGUGAUGCGAUCGACGACCGUGCCACGCCAGCUAGAAUGCCACGGAUUCGUCUGCCAGACGCCGGAAGAUGCCAUUGUGAUUGCGGCAACGCUCUACCAAAGCCUGAUGGCCCACAUGAGCAGCGGCGAUAACCAGCGCCCGAAGCGUCCCAAGAAUCGGAACGGAGUAAGCUGCAUGAGCAUUGCGAGCAGCACGGUGACCACCAACACCCAUCUGCAGAGUGGCUCCACCAAGCUGUCGUCGCGGAGAUCGAGCGCCAGCCAGCGAAGUAUGCUGCCACCACCACCGAGACCUCCGCGCAUGAAGCGCAGCGCGACGAGCUCGCUGAGCGGCGAAAGUGAUGCCGUCGUUGGUGCGAAUGACGACGAAUCGUCGACCGAGGAACGGCGGAAGAAAAACGUCAAGAACAAGCGGCCACCCCCGAUUCCACCGAACCCACCGAGGGCAAUCUCUAACAGACCGAUGCUGGACGAGAUCUAUACCGAUCGGAGCCAUUCGAACGACGAAAAUGGAAUUGCCGCUAAGGAAGGUCCGUACCCGGCGCUCACCGACAACUCGACCGGGGACAUACUGACCCGGGUGGCCAUACCGCGCUCCGGGAGCUUCCUGAACACGGCCGGCCUGACAAGGUACAAAUCGCGUGCCACACGGCGGCACACGGGCAAGGUGGGCGGUGGGGGCGGUUCGCCGCUCGGGUUCAGUGAGCUGUUCAACGAGUUCCGGCUGCAGGAGAAUCUGCACUCGCUGGACGAGAUCCUGAAUGCCAUAAUUAACUCGGACGGUAUGUCGUUCAACGAUCUGAAACCGAUCUACAAGGAGUUUCUGCUCAAGCUCGCCGUCACGCUGACGAAGGACGAGCUGUACCAGCGCUCGAAGAGCAUCAUGCGCCGGCAGAAGAAGAAAAAGUUGAAGCGAAGAAACAGUAACGUGCAGAACCAGCGACGCAAGCUGCUCAUUGGGGCCAAAGGUCUCAAGAAGGUGUUUCGGUUCGGUAAGUUUCGCAGCAAAAAAAGCACGGGCAGCAACACCGGAGGAGCUCAUGCAGGGAGCGGUCAUGGCGUCGGCAACGGGCGAACUGGUGGCCACGGAAACGGAGCUGCUGGAAACGGUGGUGCACACGCGGCGGGCGGGCACCACGGUACGGCGACGAGUGGCCGGGUCCAUCAGCUCGCAGACCAGCUAUCACUGGAUCUUAAAGCGGCCGGAAAGAAGGACCGAUCACGAAUUGCAACUAGUGGUUCAGAAGUUUCAGACGCUCGACAUGAGCAUACACUGACCGCACACAACAGGAACAGCUCGAGCGGCUAUGUAUCGUGUUCGGAGUGUAGCUACGAUUCGGAUGCCUGUACCUGUACCUCGGCCGAUCGGUGCUACUGCAGCUUAGGUGGUGACGAUAUCAAUGCCAAACUGAACCAGGCUAGCAAUCGUAGUUCGGCCCCAAGCUGCCGAAGUGAGGACAAAUGCUACUGCUCGAUGGGCGAGACACCGAACGAGGAAGGCUCGACGACCUGGUGCGACACGGACAGUUGCAUCAGCAACGAGAAGUGCUAUUGCUCCACGCGCCAUGGUCAGGUCGCCAAGUGUGCUAAUGGUGGAACGGCCGGUGUUCAUUGCUCGGCUAAGCCAUCCAACAGCAAGUCGGCUAAGGUGGACAAGUUGGCACUGGACUACGAACUGUUCACCGUUGGUGGAAGCGGCCGGCCAGUGAAAGCAUCCGAAGCGCUUAGCGUCAAGAAAACGGUUGAGGUCGCGGCCGAGUUUGCGGACGUCAAGCUUAGCCAGACGACAGACAUUACGAACCUGAAGGCGGAUGCACAAUCAAGCGCCACAUCGGGCAGCUCAUCGCUAGUGUCCACCACGAAGAAGUCCGGUGACCAUCGGAACGCUUCCAGCCGCCACCAUGGCCAUAAUCACCAUCACACGCACAAUCAUCGCGAUCAGGAAAACGAUCAGAAGCGAUCGAACGGUGGUCAGGUGAGCAGCAAUAGUGGCAGCAGCAAUAGUAAUCUUCACUACCACCGUCAUCACUACAGCACCAGCACGAAGAAAAAGGGCCUACCGAUGCAGCUUCCGGGCAGUGACUAUCAGUACAUUCACUCGACACAGUCGGAUCUGAUAGUGCGCAGCAGCAAGCAGGAGCUGAAGAACCCCAGACGUAUGACAAAGUCGGAGAGCUACUAUCAGGCUGGUCGACCGGUCAGCUCUUCGCUCGGGUUGGAAGAUUCGUUGGGCUAUCUGCCUUAGGGAUGUAGCAGUGUGUUAUAUUGUUUUGCUUUGCUUUCGAACUCACUCAAACACAAGUACGAUUUUUUUCCUGAAAGUAAACGGCGCAUCCGAUCUCGAACCGUUCCGGCAGAUCCGGUUGGAUCAGACCUCGGCACCCGUUUGGAGAACAUAGCCGUUGUUUACUCUCAGCGAAGAUAAGCUUCCUUGUUUCCAUUUCUUCUUUUGCCCCGUUGGUGUGCUCUUGGCCAAUUUGCUUCCAUAUGUGCAGGACACACUUUGCAGCGCAUUUAUAAGUAUUCGAACACGACGCAGACCAGCGCUUCCUGGCGGUGGACUUCAUGCCUCCAUAAAGCUAGUACAUCGCUUCCGUCAUCUUUGGGAUAUCUUGAUGAGGCAAAUUGGACCUCACAAAUAAUACUCUCGUUUUUAACAUACAAACUAAGAAACGUAAAAUACUCUCCGCUGGCAGCUGUGCAGGGAUGCGCUUGGCUGCCUACCUACCUUUUUCUAUUGGGAUGGUUUUAACCGAAUUAGACAAACUGUCUAAGCUGUACAAUAUGUGGUAACGGUUGGGUACCUACUAGCAAGUUGGUUUAUUUUAAUGUCAAGAAUACUUCACACGUAGCACUUACGAACAAUGUUUUGUGGCGGGUGUCAUAGAACGACCUACACAGUCUAGACUAAGAGCAGUCGCGGUACAACAGCAGGAUUCACUAUUUUCCUGUGUAUGACAUUCGAACUGUUGGCUGUAUCUAUGUGUCUGGCACCUCUCUAGGAGGUUUAAUAGAGCUAGAGCUCUUGCUUAAGACAUUUCUACACUGCUGAAGCGUCAACACGAUGACAUUCAAGGUGUGGAAGACCUACGUUAAGCAUCCUUUCAGCAGUACGGCUACACGAAGGAGAAGACUUACUAUUUAUUUUAGGACUACAUUUUGUUUUAAACACACUUUCCGUGCAAUACACAUAUAGUUCGUGGUAAGAGGAACCCCCCAGGUGCAAUAAUUAACAGGGCUAACGUUUACGUGCAAUGAGCGAUGCUAUUCUUAUUCGACAACAAUCAUAAGCUGUAGGAAACAGUAUGGGAAUAUAGUGAUAAGUAUGGAAACAAUCGUAGUGCAAUAAAACUCUUCAAUUUAAAACCUAA